AUGGAUGCACAACGCCUCUCUGGCCAAGUCAGAUCAAUAAUAAGAAGGAACGUAUUCAAUCUAGCAGAGAUAGAACGAAUAAAAGCAUCCAAACAAAACAUUGGAGAAUUACAAACAGAAAUCCCAAAUGAGCCAGAGGUCCCUUCAGGACGAAAAUCGACAGAAAAUCGUCGUAAGUCAUAUAUACCUGAACGGCGAAGUAGUAUUCUCCCAAACUAUACUGAUACUAAUUAUGAAGCCGUUUUUCACAAUAUCGACUUAAGUUACAGGGGAAUAGGAUUGGAGGAAAGGCCUAGAAUAAGUAGAAUCCCUAGUGACCAAAAAAGUAAAGAAUUUUGCCGAAAGAUCAACAAUAUUGUAAAACCAUUAAUGGACGACAGCGGGAAUCUGGAAGAGACAUUCUGUGCGGCAGCUACAAUCUGUGAAAUUCUAAAAAUAAAACCAGCUAGCAAUAUCACCAAAGAACACAGCUCACCCCCAUGGGAAAAAAGACUGAUAAGGAAAAUCGACAACACUAGAAAACAAAUUGGAACUUUGUACGCAUUUCUAAAACCCAAAACACCACCAUCAAAAAAACUCAAGCAUAAAAUUCUUCAGCUAGCAAAAAAUGAAAAAAUCAAACCGUCAAAUCCGCGUUAUCUCCAGCUCCUAGAGGAACAUCUUGAAAAAUUGAGGCAGAAACUUAAAGCAUAUGCUAACAGACUCAAGAGGUACAGAAAUCGAACCAAACGUUACCAAGAAAAUCUUCUAUUUACAAAAAACCAAAAACAGUUUUACCGACAACUCAGCACAGCCGGAAAUCAAGUAAAUAACACGCGCCCUCAGCGUCAAAACAUGUUCGCAUAUUGGAGUGAUAUCUGGAGUGUAGGCGUACAACUCGAAGAUAGAGCGUUCUGGAUACAGGAGGAGAAUGAUAAAUGGGCAAACGUCCAACCCAUGGAAAACAUACAAAUUAGAACAGACGAUAUUACCCAUGGACUCAAAACAAUAAAAAACUGGGCAGCCCCCGGACCCGAUGGGAUUCAUAAUUUCUGGUGGAAGCAGAUAACAUCCAGUCACAAUGCCCUCGCACGCCAAUUUAGCGAAUCUCUUAUUAAACCUGCGUGUAUCCCAGAAUUUUUCACCAGAGGAAUCACAAUAAUGUUACCAAAAACAGGAGACCUACAAGAACCAAAAAAUUAUAGGCCUAUCACCUGCCUUCCAACGGCAUAUAAAAUACUUACCUCUAUAAUGACAAAAAAAAUAGGCGAAUACGUCUCGCAACACCAAAUAAUGGCAAGGAGAACAUAG